AUGAGCUUCACGCCUCAGCUCCAUCUCGACUUUCCGGCCUCCGUUGUCCAACCUCCAACCAUAAGCGAUUUCACAAAACGACGUUGCAGAGCUCUACGAAGGAUCGACAGAGAGCUCUCGAGACGCAACUUCAAAGCCGCUCUCUCUCUCCUCAGACACCUUCGACGCCAACCCGAUGGCCUCCGCGCCUUUGGCACCGCCAAACAGGUACCUAAGAAGCUGUCAUCAUUGGACGAAUUGAUAAUCAACGGUGUGGAUUUAUCUUAUCUUAAACCAACGGUUGAUCUGGUAACGGAUUCAAUAAAAAGCUGCAUGCAAUGCUCUUUACAAGAACAGGUUUCAAGUGAAGGGUUUGAAACAGAUUUGAGUGAUGAAAUCAAAGAGUCUUCCUAUUCCUACGAAGAUUACCAUUUUUUGUGUAUACAUCAUGAAGCUGGUCAUUUUCUAAUUGGUUAUUUGCUGGGGAUUCUUCCAAAAGGAUAUAAAAUUCCAAGCAUGACGGAGUUUUGGAAGGGUAGAUUUGCUGCUGGAAGUGUAGACUUCGCAGGUUUUGAUUCUCUUGAAUCUGGUGUUCACGGAAUUUCAAACAAGACUCUGAACAACUUUUCAUGCGUAGUCUUAGGAGGCUUGGUAGCUGAGCAACUACAAUUUGGAUGCAUAGAGGGACUUCAUUCUGAUGUUGACAAGCUGGAUAAAGUACUCAGAUGGUUGGGUUACUCAGGAAGUCAAGUAGAUGAUCAAGUUAGAUGGGCUGCAUUGAAUACUGUUUCAAUCUUGCACCGUCAUAAUGAAACUAGAUCAAGACUGGCAGAGGCAAUGGCAUUGGGGAGAUCAAUUGGCCAAUGUAUCGACACAAUAGAGAAAUCUGUAGUUGGGAAGGAAAUCUAGAUGGUUUGUUGAGUCCGGAGUCCCCCCAUCUCUGUAACAGUUCCCUUAAACUACUGCCCCACGCAAAUGAUGCUGUCUUCUGUCCUUAAAUGUACAAAUGGUAGGCACGUUGGCUAUGAUUACAACCUCUAAUGUAACUUGAAAUCUUAGCUAGU